AUGGCCCAAGGAUUUGUUCACCUAUUCUUUUUCCUUUUAUUGGUGCUCACUCAGACCAGUAUCCUCCAGGCUCGACCAACAGCACCAGACGGAGAAGACAGUGGAGGACCGCCUCACCACUACCAUGAGCUUGAAUAUUAUUACCACUACUUCGUCUUCCCAUCGGGUCCAUCUAAGGCGCUACCAGCAACUUUGGCCCAGCGUAAGAAGAACCAGAUCGAAGACUUUCUGAGUAAGCUCAAGGGUCUCUCCGAAAAAAAGAAGAUUGAGAGGGUCGCGAACUUCACUGCUUAUUUGCGAAAAACGAAUCCUCUCGACGUAAAAAGGGUGCAAGAGUUGCAGCAGCAAGAUAAGGAGCAAGCUGCUAAGAAAGCAAAGGAGCGAGCCAAGAAAGCAAAGGGGCAACCGAAGAAAGCAAAGGAGCAAGAGAAGAAAGGAAAGGCGGAAUUCUCUCAAGGGUCCUCUCCUUUCAAACAUCAGUGUAUAACUAUUCAGCAAGAUGGCGAGCAGAAUGGGCCCAUGUUAGCUGAUACCGCUUUGAGACAUAGCGGAAAAGAUCACGAAGGCGCUUCUGCACAUCACGUCGAGGGACAGGCUCAGGUCCUACCUGCCAGCGGAUCGCAUGCGCUCAGAGACAUCGAGGAGGCCCGCCCGAGCAAAGAUGACGGAAAGCAAAAGUUCAGUCGUAUCGUGAACGAUCUCGUCGAUGAUGAGAAGAGCGUCGAGCUGGAGAAGAAGAAGCGGAAAAGAAAAGACGCAUUGAUCGAGGCGAAACACCGCUGCGAACUGAAGCCGGACCCAUACGGCUUUGGAAGACCAGGCGCCAAGUUUCGACGGCCCAAUUCCGAAUUCACCGGGUUCAGCGAGGCGAAGUGGCUUCGAAAAACAAGAUAUGAAAAGAUCGCUCGUACGAGAAAAGAAAAUAAGCUGAAGGAGCUGGGCAUCACUAGACCAACAACAUUAAUCAUCAAAGACCACAAGGGCCGUCGAAACUUUGUCACUGCGAGUGGACUAACGAGGUCGUUGCCCAUCGAGGCGGCGGAAAAAUUCAAGGAAAUGAUAGAAGAAGCAGUGAGGGCUUAUGAAGACGACAGAUCUGACACUGGCUUCCUUAAACGGUUUUCUACUAUUACAAAGGCUAUCAGCGACAAAAAGCGUCUCAUAAACGAAGAGCUAAAGACCCUCGAAAGCACUGCUGAACCUCUUUCUAGUCAGUCGGCGGGUGCUUUUCAGCCCAUCCUUCAGCCUCCGAGCCCUGUACUCAGGUCUUAG